GGCUCAUAUGUAUACGCUACAUCCGAGGGGGUCAGACGCAAGUACACGUAUUAUGGAGAAUACUGAAGAAACGAGCGAAGUUCCUGCACAGUUGAGCUGUUGGCGUAUUCGAGCAGCCUCCCCUGGGGAUAUCCCGGCCAUUCUACAGUUGAUUAAGGAUCUAGCAGUUUAUGAGAAAGAACCAGAGAGUGUGGUAGAAAUAAAUGAGCAAGUUCUUCAAAAGGACUGUUUUGGAGAGGAAAGGUGGUUUGAAUGUCUUGUAGCCGAAGAGUAUGACAAGAAUCACCUGAAACCAGAAGGUACUAAAUCAUCAACCCCAAUGCCAUCACACCAUCAUAGGGUUGUUGGUUAUGCUCUGUACUUUCAUGCAUACUCAACGUGGCAAGGAAGAAUGCUGUUCUUAGAAGACAUUUUUGUGACACCAAAAUCAAGAGGGCAAGGGAUAGGGAAAACAUUCUUAAAAGAACUGGCCAAGAUUGCUAUUCACAAGGGAUGCUGUAAAAUCAAGUGGCAUGUUCUGGACUGGAAUAAAUUAGCAAUUAACUUUUACGACAGUAUUGGCACUGAUAUUGAGGGUGAGUGGAGACUUUGCUGUCUAGGAACAACUGCUAUGAUGGAACUAUCUGGCAAGGCUGGCAACUAGCAUCCAGGUCAAGAGUACAGACAAGCUGGAUACUGUAAUUUUAAUUUUCUGCACUGUAUUUAUAUCAACUUUCGUGUUGAAUUUUCACCUUUUGAAAAUGAUUGCAAAAAUAAAAAAAUAUAAAUAAAUAAAAUAUAUAAAAAAAUAAAA